CUCCUCCUCCUCAUCAAUCAAUCUCAAAAUCGACAAAACACGAAUCGUUCAAACAAAACCCAACUUCGAUUCGAACAAGAAGUGUCAACGUCGUUCUUGCCGUGUCGCCAGCUUUCGCUCUUUUCAUCUUUAUACAAUCCUGCCUCCACCAGUUCCCGCCAUCACUCUCCAUUAACGUUCUCCCCCAAGUACUUUCGAUUAGGGUUCAUCAUCCUUCCUCUUUAAAUUCCUCACCGCUCUUCCUCCGCUCUGCAUUUUUCGUUCUUGGGUUUCUUCGCCAGCUUCUUGACCGUCCCUCGCAUGGAUCUGAGACCCCCAUGUCCGGACUCAACCGCGCGGCUCCCCCUCCUCCUCCUCCGCCGCCGCCGCCACCACCUAUAGCGUCGGCGGCCCCCCGCCGCCGCCGGUCCUCGCCCGCCCCGCCGGGAACGAUGAAGCGGCCGGCCCGCCCCCUGUGCAGCAUUCUGCUCCUCGCCCUGCUCGCCGUCGCCCUCACCUGCCGCACCGUGCUGCACCGUGGCGGCGGCGGCGUCGGCGGCGGCGUCGUCCUCGGCUCUUCCGAGCUCGAGGGCGCGCCCCGACCGGUGCUGCGGCGAGUGCCGCUGCCGGAGCUCAACUCGUCCGUGCUUCGGUACGCCGAGAUCGACGUCUCGGAGGAGUGGUUCAAGAAGGAGACGGAGCAGCUGCUGGAAGACGACCUCGAGAGCCGCGGCCGAUACCGGAGCUACGGCACUUGGCGGAGCUUCAACCACCGCGACCCGAACGCGAGGGCCUCCCGUGGUAUGCCCGCGACGCUACGCUCGCCGGCGUUCUACCGGUUCUGGCUCGAUUUCAGGAGGAAUCUGCGCGAUUGGGCGCGGAACAGGCGGUUUCAGCCGGAUGUGAUGGACGAUCUGAUUCGGCUAGUGAAGGAUCCGCUCGAUAGGCACAACGGCCGACCGGCCUCGGACCGCCGGUACGCCUCCUGCGCGGUGGUGGGCAACAGCGGGAUCCUAUUGCAGAGCGGUCAUGGCGAGCUGAUCGACAGCCACGAGGCGGUGAUCCGAUUGAACAACGCGAGGAUCGAGAAUUUCGCGGGCGAUGUCGGGUCGAAGACCACCGUCUCCUUCGUGAACAGCAACAUCCUGCACUACUGCGCGCGGCGGGAAGGCUGCUACUGCCACCCGUACGGCCCGGGCGUCCCGAUAGCGAUGUACAUUUGCCAGCCGGCGCACUUCCUCGACUACACGAUGUGCAACUCGUCCCACAAGGCCCCGCUGAUCGUGACCGACCCGCGGUUCGACGUGCUGUGCACGCGGAUAGUGAAGUCCUACUCGCUCCGGCGGUUCGCGGCGGAGACGGGGAGGCCGCUGGAGGCGUGGGACGCGGCGCACGACGGCGCCAACUUCCACUACUCCUCGGGGAUGCAGGCGGUGAUGCUCGCCCUGGGGAUCUGCGACCGGGUCAGCAUAUUCGGGUUCGGGAAAUCCGGGUCGGCGAAGCACCAUUACCACACGAGCCAGAAGAGCGAGCUGGGGCUGCACCAUUACGAGGCGGAGUACGAUCUGUACCAGGACCUGGCGAGGCGUCCCGAGGCGAUCCCGUUCAUCUCAGACAAGUUCAGGUUCCCUCCCGUGGUUAUUUACCAAUGAGAUUUGAUUGAUUUUUGCUGCCCAUUUUUUUUUUUAACUUUAACUUUUUUUCGGGAUCUUGGGGUAGAUUUUGUUUUCCUCCUUCGAUUCGUCACACAAAUUGAUACAUAGGUUGCUCAUGCCACGACUGUAAUUUUCCACUGGCUUUGUCCAAAAGAAGAAGAAACGUUCUGCGCGAUCCUUCU